UUGACAAAGCACAAAUUAUUGAUUUGCAAAAGCUGAAGCUUCAUAUAUACGAAUUUAUUUAUCUUUCUUGUGUUUGUGUUGCCCACACGUAACAAAAUACACACACCUCUCUACUCUCAUCAUAAUCUUCCUUCUUACAUGGAAGACGGCGACAAUUUUGUGGUUGAUCAACCGGCGAUCGAAGGGGAUGAUCAUAAUAGUGCUGAGCUCGAUAGACAAAAUGUCGGAAAGAUGCUUUACGGAUGUGAACAUUAUCGCCGACGCUGUAAACUCCGAGCCCCUUGUUGCAAUGAAAUUUUCACUUGCCGUCACUGCCACAACGAGGCCAAGAGUGCUUUGAGCAAUCCCAAGGAACGGCACGAAAUUGUACGCCACAAUGUUAAGCAAGUUGUUUGUGCUGUAUGCGACACUGAACAGCAGGUUGCUGGGAUCUGUUCAGAGUGUGGUGUCAAAUUUGGGGAGUACUAUUGUGAAAUUUGUAGAUUUUACGAUGACGAUACAAAGAAGGAGCAGUUUCACUGUGAUGACUGUGGAAUUUGCAGGGUAGGUGGUCGAGAAAACUUCUUCCACUGCAAGAAGUGUGGAUCCUGCUAUUCAGUGGAGCUGCGUGAUAAUCACUUAUGUGUGGAGAACUCAAUGAAGAACCAUUGUCCGAUCUGUUAUGAGUUUCUUUUUGACUCGGUGAAAGGCACAACAAUUAUGAAGUGUGGACAUACAAUGCAUAUGGAAUGCUACGCUGAGAUGAUCCAUCAGAACCAGUAUCGCUGUCCUAUAUGCUCUAAGUCUGUUCUCAACAUGUCCGGAACUUGGCAAAGGUUAGAUCUGGAGAUUGAAGCUACAGCCAUGCCUGAAGAAUAUCGCUAUGAGGUUCCAAUUCUCUGCAACGAUUGCAAUAGUACUGGUAAAGCAUUUUUUCACAUACUUGGCCACAAAUGCAAGCAAUGUAAUUCAUACAACACCCGCAUGAUUGGUACUGGUGAAGAUCCCCAAUGACAUGGUCAUGGACGCUAGAUGCUCAGCUUGAUUAAAGUGGUGUUUUUUUUUUUUUUUUUCACAUUAGGCAAACAGCUGCCUCUGCCUUGUUGUUCUUCUUCCUUUUUGUUUUGUUUCUUCUAGCGAUCGGUGUUACUCUAUAAAGGAGUAUGGGAUAGUCAUUGGAUAAAACUUCUCCAUUUAUGCUGUUGCAUAUUGAAAACUUCCAGAAAGUAGCAGACUCGGUAAAACUAAACUAAAAAGAAUUGGCUCCUGGUAGGUCAGGUUCAAAGUGGAUGUAUGUCUUUGGUUGUCCAA